CUGCAGUACACCCUACUCCUCCCACCCCUGCAGUACACCCUCCUCCUCCUACCCGUGUAGUAUAGCCUCCUCCUCCCCUUGUGAUUAUUACCCCCACUCCUCCCCCUGUGAUUAUUACCCCCACUCCUCCCCCUAUGGUUAAUACCCCCACUCCUCCCCCUGACCCUACUUCUAUACUUUCAUCAUCUUCUAGACCGCCUUCUGAGACUGCCACACCAUUUACUGAUCCAGAUUCAGCUGGUGAUGGUGAUGAUGUUGACCCGCCCCUCCAUGAUCGACCAUGGAUUGAGCCAUAUGGAAAAGGGUUUAUUCCAUCCAGGAUUGCUUCCCAGCCCAUCACACGAAUCAUCAAGCAACAGUAUUUGACUCCAUGGCCUACUUGGGGAGCCAUACCUAUAGACGACAGAAAGCCAUUCUGGGAGCGUUUUAAGGUGAACAACACUUUAAACUAAUUAUCAUUCAUAUCUUACCAUGUCUUAAUCAAUGUUUGUUUUGUUCAU